AUGGCGAGUGAAGAUGGCGGCGUCUCCAGCGGGGAGGCCGUCACGGGCCCUAAUUCUUAUGUCAUCCUCGUGUUUACUUGCAUUUCCGUCUACAAUGUCAUUGAACUCACAUUCAUCAUAUGGGGCGCCUUCAAGCGCCACUCGGGGCUCUAUUUCUGGUGUUUCAUGGUCGCGACUUACGGGAUUCUCAUCUACGCUGUCGGUUUCGUGCUCAAGGCUUUCAUCCCGAAGGAAACCACAUACACAUAUGUUACGUUCAUCGCGGUGGGGUGGGUAUCCAUGGUGUCAGGCCAGUCGCUUGUGCUGUGGUCGCGACUACAUCUGAUUGUGCGGGACAAGUUCAGGCUGAAGGCAGUCUUGUGGAUGAUUAUCGUCAAUGCAGUUCUUUUGCAUAUCCCUACUAUCGUCAUGUUAUACGGCGCCAACGGCUCAGAACCUGCUAAAUGGGUCAAACCAUACGAGAUUUAUGAGAAGAUCGAAGUGACAGUCUUCUUCGUUCAAGAGAUCAUAAUCUCAUCUUUCUAUAUUGUUGAGACCCUCAGGCUCAGUAAAAUGCAGGUCGUGAUGCGUAACAAGAAACGCUCGCGAAAUCUCAUGUAUCAUCUCAUCCUCGUCACCCUUUAG